AUGACAUCAUAUUCUACCGAUCUACCUAAUUUCUAUUUUGAUUUCUCGAUUCUUGAUGUAAUGGAAAAGAUGGCGUGUACGACUGGAAAUAAUGAACGUUAUCGAGUUGAAUAUCUGGAAACACCUAUCAAAUCAAAGGAUGAUAAGAAGGAAUAUAGAGCCAUCAGAUUACCAAACGGUUUAGAAGCUUUGCUAAUAUCCGAUGAACAUGUAAAGAUAUAUUCUUCUCAAGAUCAAGAUAAAAUAAAUAAUAAGAAGGCAGCAUGUUGCUUAUAUGUGGGAGUAGGAAGUUUCAGCGAUCCACCAGAAGUCCCAAGAAUAGCACACUUUUUCGAGCGCAUGCUUUUCUUUGGAUUUGGAAAAUAUCCAAAAUAUAAUUUGGAAGCAUUUAUCUACAAUCAUGGUGGCACGUGUGGUUACUCAGUGGAUUUUGAACAUACAACAUUUUUCUUUGAUAUCCAAGAGAAAAACUUCUUAUCAGCUCUCAUCCAUUUUGCUAAAUUUUUCACUGAUCCUUUGUUAAAAACAUACGCAUAUAAGCAGGAAUUAAAAGCCAUAGAAAAUGAAUUUCAGAUAGCGUUAUUUUGUGCCAAGAACUUACGAGAACUCCUAUUUUCCUCUUUCGCGCGAACUGGACAUCCCGCCAAUAAAUUUACUGGAGACACUUUAGUACAAUUGAACAAUAAUCCGAAUUACGACAAAGUGAACAAAGAGUUGCUCAAAUUCAAAGAACGUCAUUACAGCGCUCACAGAAUGAAGCUCGUUAUACAAGUAGGAUUACCGUUGGAUACAUUAGAAAAGUAUGUUACAACGUACUUUGGUGAUGUACCAACUAACGGACUGCCUUCAGAUGAUUUUACCGAAUUUAAAGAUGUUCUUCCUUUUGAUACUCCUGUUUUCCGAAAAAUAUAUAAAGUUGAUGCUUCGAAACUUUUUAGAUUAGAAGUAACAUGGGCAAUGCCUUCGUUACUCGAUCCCCACAAAAGUAAACCAUAUGAGUACAUCUCACGGAGUAUUGAACAGGAAGGAAAAGGUUCCUUAAUUAGUUAUUUACGCAAAAAAAUGUGGAUCUGUACUUCUUCCAAACGUGCAUUUUAUUGUAAUAGUAAACAUAACUCUAUGUAUAGUUUAGUAGAGCUUAUCGUAGAGCUAUCCCGUGAAGGAUUUCAACAUCUGGAUAAGAUUUUAAAUGCGAUAUUUUCCUUUAUCAAUUUACUGAAGAGAGAGGGUGUACAGAAAAGAAUUUUCGACGAGUUUUGUAAGAGUGAAGAAAAUUCUUUUAGAUUUGUCGAUGAAGAGAAUCCAUUGAAUUAUGUGAAAAACUUGUGUAAGAAUAUGCAUUUUUAUUCGCCGUGCUAUUAUAUAGCUGGAAAUUGUUCAUUUAUUCAUUUCGAAUAUGAUCCAGAAGCUAUACAAAAAUGUUUAAAUUAUUUGGUACCAGAGACCGCGAAUUUUAUGAUUUUCAACAAGGAUUUUGAUCAUUUCGAAAUGCGUAAGGUCGAACCAUGGUUGAAAACAAAGUACAUAGAUAUCGAGGUACCGAAGGAAUGGAUCGAACGCUGGAAAUCCAUCGAGCCAUUACCAGAUUUUCAUUUACCAUUACCAAAUAUAUUUCUUCCCAGCGACUUCUCUUUAAUACCAAUAUCAGCGAAAGUUCCAAAAUAUCCUGUAAAAUUGUACAGUAAUAGUAUAUCGGAGGUUUGGUAUCGCCCGAAUCCCAAGUUUCGUUUGUCGAAAUGUCACAUGAAUAUGCAUCUUAUUUCCUCUCUAGGAUUUCAAUCAUCGGAGAAUGCAGCUCUCAUAAGACCGUAUCGCAAUAUAUUAGAGCUGCUGUUGGUGGAAGAACUGUAUCCAGCUAUACAGGCUGGAUACAAUUAUAAGAUCAGAGCUAAUGAAAAAGGUAUUGUACUAACAAUGUCCGGGUUCAACGAAAAACUAUCACUCUUAUUGAUGACUAUUGCAAAAUGCAUGGUGGACUGUCCAAACCGAGUAACAGAAGAUAUGUUUGAAAUGGUCAAAAUGAAAGAACUUAGUAUCUAUUACAAUGUAUUCAUCAAACCUGAGAAUCUCGCCGAUGACGUAAGAUUAUGGAUAUUAAAGAACGUGUAUUAUACAUGCGUUGAUAAGUACAAUGCUCUAAUUAAUAUCAAUUUCGAAGGCUUCCAACGUUUUGCGAAAUCUUUUACCGAUUAUCUGUAUAUUCAGUACCUCGUGCAAGGCAACAUGAUGCAAAAUACUGUAAUCGAGAUUGUACAACAAUUUGCUAAAAUAAUUAAUUGCAGUCCUUUACCCUCCGGUUACAACCCAAUACAACAGAUUAAAAUUGCUCGAUUACCGUUGGGUACCAGCUAUUGCAAGUUAAAAAAUAUUAACAAAUUAGAUGCAAAUUCUGUAGUGAUGCAAUAUUAUCAAGCUGAUCACAUGUCGAUUGAAUUAUUGAUGUUAAACAAACUAAUGAUCAUGAUAAUGGAGCCAUCAUUAUUACAAUGGCAAUUCCAAGAAAACUUACAUCAUGUUUCAUGCGAUUUUAGAGAUACCAAAGGAAUUGCAGGAUAUUGUAUUAUCGUUCAUACUCAGGAAAAUAAAUACACAAGUGAGCAUGUUGACCAGCAGAUCGAUAAAUUUUUUAAAAUGUUUAAACAUAUUUUGGAAGAAAUCUCAGAAAAUCAAUUGGAUGAUAUCAAGGAAAUAGUAACCAAAGACACUAAGCAAUAUAUAGAUAUCAACAUUGAAGAAGAAGUUAAGAGAAACUGGAGUGAGAUCACAAAGUGUCAAUACAGGUUUGACAGAAUCGAGAGAAACAUACUUGCAUUACAGAAAAUAAAAAUAAACGAGCUGAGAGAAUGGUUUGCAAAGCACAUAUUAAAUGAAAAUUAUUUCAGAAAAUUGAGCAUACAUAUUGUAGGAAAUGAUCUUAAGAAAGUACAAUACUUAGCUUUGGACGUAAUCGACGAUCAGCAGCAUAACCAAAUUCAUCAUAUUAUUAAUGAAAUAGAUGAUUACAAGAAAAAACUCAACAUUCAUCCAGUAAUUGAAGGAUAA